AUGGGUUGCGCUCAGAUCAUCAUUCGCGUGCUGCAGCUGGUCACCUCGCUGGCGACCAUCGGCAGCGCGAUCGCCGUCAUGCUGUUCUUCGGGCCGUUCUCCGCCCUGAUCGGCGCCAUUGGCCUCGGCGUCUUCGCCGGCUUCACUGGCGCGCUGGUGACGAUCCUUUUCAUGGCGGGCUCCUGCUGCAUGUGCAUCAGGCGCAUCAACGGCAUCGUCGAGUGCGUCAUGUCUGCGAUCUGGGCCGCAUUCUACCUGCCAGUCGGCGCCCAGAUGGCCGUCACCCUCUCCGCCGGCGUGUGCGCGGCCGGCAGUGCCGCCGCGACGCAGGCCGCUUCAAACGCGCCGGCCAGCGCCCUCAUAGCCGGCACCACACAAGUCGCCAACGCCCUCCUCGACGCCGCCGCCGCCGCGGUCGCCAGCUCCGGCAACCGCCGGCUGCUGCUGGGUGCCGCGGCCAGGCGCGGCCUGCUGGAGCAGGGGCUGCCCGGCGACAUCGGCGACAUACUGAGCCAGGCGCUCUGCGCCGCGUCGAUCGCCCUGACCGUCUGCGGGUUCCUGGGCUUUGUGCUGUACGCGGUGGGCGCCGUCCUGGCCUUCAGAUGCGACGCGAUGAAGGGCACCGGCCUCUGGGUCCCCAAAGGCGCCCGCACCGCCGCGCCCACCGAGGCGCCCAGGGGCGGGGCUGCUGCGGUGCCGCCCCCGAGCUAG